AUGGAAGACACUGGUGAAUUGAUGACUGAAGCGGAACUUGAACGUCGUGCACAAAAGGACCUUUUUAUUGCCAGGUUCAGGUCAAUUUGGGCGGUGGAUCUACCAGGUGUUGAUAAUCAAAAAAAGAAACGCUUCCACCGUAUUAGUAAGCCGAUACGCCAUCCGUUCCAGAAUUAG